AUGGCUUCCAUCCCGCUGAGGAAUCCUUUCACCAAGGCCCCUGCAUCACGAGGAUAUGUAGGUGAGCAAGAAGACAAUAUUGCACAGGAUACUUCAGCUGUCCCUCUGGAGGCUACGGCUACUGAGAGCUCCACGAAGCCGAUGAUCGACGCGCAGGACUCGCAUGUUGUCAGGGAUGAUGGAAAGGUCAUCAUCACAGAACAGGAGUACCCUGAGGCUCUCGGUUUUUACUACUCGACCCUGAAGAAGUGGAGGAUUCUCACCGUCAUCUUCCUCGUCCAGACUUCCAUGAACUUGAACACCUCCCUGUAUGCGAACGGACAGGCUGGCAUUGCCCGACAGUUUGAAGUAAGCCCGCAAACCACCGUCAGCGGCGCCGCUAUCUUCCUCAUCACCUAUGCCUUUGGCUGUGAACUUUGGGCGCCCUGGUCCGAGGAAUUUGGACGCAAGCCAAUUCUUCAGGCAUCCCUCUUCCUAGUGAACAUCUGCUGCUUGCCAGUAGCACUGGCUCCUCGCGGUAUCUCUUCCAUCCUCGUCGGCCGGGCCUUUGGCGGUCUCUUCUCUGCUGGCGGUAGUGUCACUCUCGGCAUGGUCGCAGAUAUGUUUACCACGGAUCAGCAAGAACUACCGCUCGCAUACAUCGUUCUCUCGUCGGUCGGAGGCUCCAUUGUCGGUCCCAUCGUUGGAGGGUUUGUUGAGACAGACUUGCCGUGGCAGUGGACGAUCUGGAUACAGUUGAUCGUCUCAGCAUUCGUUCAGAUGCUCCAUUUCUUCUUCGUCCCCGAGACUCGCUCUUCCGUCCUUCUCGACGCACAUGCCAAGAAACUUCGGGCCUCGAACCAGAGGCCCAAUGCCUACGGUCCCAACGAACUGAAGUCAUGGAAGGAAUACAUCGCUCUAAAGGAGAUGUUGAGCAUCUGGGGUCGCCCUUUCAAAAUGUUCGUCAUGGAGCCGAUUGUGUCGGUCUUGUCGGCGCUCUCUGGUUUCAGCGAUGCAUUGAUCUUCAUGCAAAUUCAAUCAUUCGGUCUGGUCUUCGGGAACUGGGGCUUCACAAAAAUCCAGACUGGACUGGCUUUUCUCCCUAUUGGCCUUGCCUAUGUCUUGGCUUACCUCCUCUUCAUCCCCAUCUUCCGACGCAACAGACGACUGAGGCAGGCCCACCCCCUAUCCGAACACGCUCAAUACGAAUCCCGCAUGUGGUGUUUGCUAUAUAUGGCUCCGUGUCUCCCCAUCGGCUUGCUGAUUUUCGCCUGGACGAGCACACCACUUGUCCACUGGAUCGCGCCCAUGAUCGGCUGCGUGUUCAUCGGAAUUGCCAACUACGCGAUCUAUAUGGCAACUAUUGAUUACAUGGUCGCAGCCUAUGGCCCUUAUUCCGCUUCUGCCACCGGAGGCAACGGGUUUGCCCGCGAUUUCCUCGCCGGUUGUCUGACCUGGCUCGCUGCUCCAUAUUACCAUAGCUUCCAGAUGCAUAAUGGUCUCCAGAUAGCGAAUACGGUCCUCGCCGCUAUCAGCUUGCUACUGGUAGCUGCAACUUUCGUCAUCUACUGGAAAGGUCCCUCAAUGCGCAGACGCUCGCCGUUUGCUCAGUCCAUCAGUCGCACCACCGUCGACGGUCUCGUGUCAGCUCAAUCCCGGGAGCCCCUGGUGUCGAGGUAG